GCUCGGUUCUUGCAGCGCAAUUGACGUAGAACAACAUUCCCCUUUCUUUGUUGCAUAACUGUAGCGUCUCUAUGUAGCUGGCAAAUCAGAGCGGGCGUGAUUGAGCGAAGCAAGACAUUCACAAACAGCAUUGGAUUCUUUGGGAUGUCGUAGCCUGCAACUUUCUGGGCCUCGAUCGAUGUGUGCGUAGAGGACGUGCUCGUGAAUAACAAGGGCGGUCAAAAAACACUAAGUACGUUUGUCUGUUUGUUUCCUUAGAACGAAGGCCGGGCAAUAGAUUUUUGUUCAAGUAAAAUCAAUAUGCCUUAAACCAUAUGAAUGUCUCCACGGAUCCAAAACUCUAUGCUUCUCUCAUCAAAACUUGCUGCCAUGAGAGGGAUUUGCGCAAAGGCAGGCGAGUCCACAAGGAGAUCCUCGAAAGCGAGCAAAGAUACAACAGGUUUCUGAGCAAUUUGCUGAUUGAAAUGUAUGGGAAGUGCGGCAGCAUCGAUGAAGCAUGCAGUGUGUUUCGAGGAAUCGAUCUCCCAAACCAGUUCUCCUGGAACAUCAUGUUCGCGGCAUUUACCCGCAAUGGGAGAAUCCAAGAGGCGAGAGAGUUAUUCGAGAGAAUGCCCGACCGCAACACAGUCGCCUGGAACUCCAUGAUCCAAGCUCACGUCAACAAUGGAGAGCUCGCCGAGGCAAUCAAAGUUCUAGAAAAGAUGCCCAAUCCCGACUGUAUCUCGUGGACAAUUGUGAUCUCUGGAUAUACCCAAAGAGGGCAAUUGCAAAAAGCGAGAGAGAUGUUUGAUUCCCUGCGCUUUCCCGACACUGUGGCUUGGAACGCGAUGAUCGCCGGGUAUGCCCAAAACGAGCAUAUCGCGGAGGCGGAGGCGCUGUUUGAUCGAAUGCCAAGCAAGAAUGUCGUGUCUUGGAACACGAUGAUCGCGGCAUUUGCCCAGUGCUCCCGCCUCUACGAUGCGAUCUCUGCCUUCGAGGAGAUGCCGCGGAGAGAUGUUGUGUCGUGGAACAGCAUGAUCCAAGCGUGCAUUCAGAAUGAUGAGCUCGAUCUGGCAAAGGAGUUCUUCGAUCGAAUGCCGCAAAGGGAUGGGGUAUCUUGGUCGACGAUAAUUUGUGCUUAUGCCCAGAAUGGGGAAUUUGAGAAAGCCGAGACACUCUUUGCUGAGAAUCCUUUCAAGAACAUUGUUUCUUGGACAGCUAUAAUCGUUGCAUACGGGCAGUCCGGAAGGUUAACUGAUGCCAAAAAUGUGUUUGACCAAAUGCCACGUCGGAGCGCAGUAACGUGGAACACUAUGAUCAAAGCAUAUGCCGACAAUGGGCAUCUUGAUAAAGCCCAGUCUGUUUUUGAUUCCAUGGUACAACCGGAUGUGUUCUCCUGGACGACGCUUUUAGUGGCAUAUUCGGAGGCAAGGAAUAUUGCAAAGUGCAAGGAAAUAUUUGAAAAGAUGCCAGAGCGCAAUGUGGUCUCCUGGAACGCUAUGUUAACAGCAUAUGCCGAGAACGGGCAGCUGGAAGAUGCGGUGGCCUUGUUCGAGAGCAUCCCCAAAAGAGACACUGCGUCGUGGAACGCGAUGCUGGCGGGAUAUUCCCACUGUGGCCAAGGGGACGCCGCAAGACACCUGUUUGAGACGAUGCCAAAGAAGAACUCCAUCUCUUGGGGGACGAUGAUCCACGCUCUAGUCCACGGCAAGCAAUGCAAACAGGCAAUCUCGUUGUUCGCUGCCAUGGAUCUUGAGGGCCUUCGUCCGGACAAAGGAACUUUCGUCAGCGCGAUCGAUGCUUGCACUGUUCUUGCGACGAUCACGGAGGCCCGGAUGAUCCACUCCAUCGUCCGGAGCAGCCAUCACGUAAGAUCCGACACUUUCGUGCUGAGCGCCAUUGUCAACAUGUAUGGAAAGUGUGGCAGCUUGCGCACCGCGAGGCUGGUCUUCGACGAGAUCCCUUGCAAGACAGUGGUGACUUGGAGUGGAAUGGUGGCGGCCUACGCGCAAAACGGCUUCAAAGAAAAAGCUCUACAAGUGUUUCAGCUCAUGUCACUGGAAGGAGUCUUGCCUGUGGACGUGACUUUCACGAGCAUUCUCUCGGCGUGCGGCCAUGCAGGACUGCUAAGCUGUGCCUGGGAGUAUUUCAUGUCGAUGGUCUCGGAUCACGGACUUACGGCCACUGCCGAGCACUACCACUGCCUGGUCGAUCUGCUGGCUCGCUCCGGAAGGCUGGAAGAAGCCGAGGAGCUCAUCACCACCAUGCCGUUUGCAGCAAACAGCGUUCCCUGGACAUCUCUCCUCGGUGCGUGUAAUCUUCAUAGAAACUCGAAGCAUGGCGAUCGGAUUGCCGGCCAAGUCCUCCGGCACUCCCAGGAGGAGGAUAGCUCCGGUUCUUACGUUCUUCUCUCCAACACUUUAAACGUCUGAAGAUUCUCCCGUGCUCGGGAAACUGUGAAGCUAUUUACACGCGUGAAUCGUGAAGAACAAUUAUUUACAAGGA